GAGUUGUCGGUUGCGGGUUUUCACUUUUCACACGCGACCACAUUUGGGCAAAACCGAUUGGAAAAUCUAAAAUCGAGUAUUCAACUCAACAUAGAGUCCAAAUCCCCCCCCCAAAUGAGUGGUAGCGAGGGCAGCUCAGGGCACUCGGCCGCCAGCGACUCGGCGGCGGCCGCGACGGAGAGAGUGAAGAAGAAGGAGAAGACGCGCGUGAGCCGGACGUCCCUGAUCCUGUGGCAGGCGCACCAGAACGACACGGCGGCCGUGCGGAAGCUCCUCGAGGAGGACCGGUCGCUGGUGAACGCCAGGGACUACGAUGACCGGACUCCUCUCCACGUGGCGGCCAUCCACGGCUGGAUCGACGUCGCCAGGUGCCUCCUCGAGUACGAUGCCGACGUCAACGCCCAGGAUCGGUGGAAAAACACGCCGUUAGCUGAUGCGGAAGGAGCAAAAAGGCUUGCCAUGAUUGAAUUAUUAAAAUCCCAUGGUGGAUUAUCUUAUGGACAAAAUGGUAGUCAUUUUGAACCAAGACCUGUACCACCCCCUCUGCCAAAAAAGUGUGACUGGGAAAUUGAUCCUGGUGAGCUGGAUUUCUCGAAUGCUAUGCUCGUGGGAAAGGGGUCUUUUGGGGAGAUAGUGAAAGCUUGUUGGAGAGGAACACCGGUAGCUGUCAAGCGAAUACUUCCAAGCCUUUCAGAUGAUAGACUAGUAAUUCAGGACUUCCGGCACGAGGUCAAUUUGCUUGUGAAGCUUCGGCAUCCAAAUAUAGUCCAAUUUCUAGGAGCUGUAACAGAAAAGAAGCCCUUAAUGUUAGUCACUGAGUAUUUGAGAGGGGGUGAUCUGCAUCAGUAUCUGAAGGAAAAGGGGGCGUUGAAUCCAACAACUGCAGUCAAUUUUGCAAUGGAUAUGGCCAGAGGCAUGGCUUAUCUUCACAGUGAGCCAAAUGUUGUAAUACACAGAGAUCUUAAACCAAGGAAUGUUUUACUUGUAAACACAAGUGCGGACCAUUUAAAAGUAGGAGAUUUCGGUUUAAGCAAGCUGAUCAGAGUACAACAUUCUCAUGACGUGUACAAAAUGACUGGCGAGACUGGAAGCUACCGCUACAUGGCGCCUGAGGUCUUCAAGCACCGGAAAUAUGACAAAAAAGUCGAUGUUUUCUCCUUUGCGAUGAUAUUGUACGAGAUGCUUGAAGGUGAACCUCCUUUGUCAAAUUAUGAACCAUAUGAAGCGGCCAGAUAUGUAGCAGAAGGACACAGGCCCAUGUUUAGGGCAAAAGCUUCAGCAGUUUCAUCGGCAUUUGCUUUUCAUCUCAUCAAUUCGCCUCCUAACCUCUGGUUCUGGCUAACCACAUUGUGCUGGUCAGCUGACAUGAACCAGAGACCUACUUUUUUGGAGAUUUUAAAGAGGCUCGAAAAAAUCAAGGAAAAUCUUCCGUCCGAUCACCACUGGCAUAUAUUCUCAUCGUGAUGUGAAAACCUGACUUGUACAGGAUAUCAUAUAUUCAAUCUCAGUCGAAGAAGAAUAAGGUGAUAUUGCAAAUAGGCUCUGCCAUGGAAUUAUUCGAGCUAUUACUUGCUGUGGAAUUUGAUUGUGGGAACACACAUUUUUAAAUCAUUUGGAAAUAUUAGCUUCGUUGUGCUUGCUAUGAGUGCGUCCAUAGUUAUCAACCGUCGAAGACUUGAAUUGUAUGUUUUUUUUUUUUUUUUAAAUCUUUAUUUCUAUACUUUUCCUUUAUUUUGUUUUGGGUGUAUAUACGAUGCAGNUUAAGGAGAAAUCAUCCUCUUUUUAGGAAAUUAUUUACCAACUGUCAAUGAAGAUUUUAUAAUUUUAUGGAUUAUAUUUUUCGUUCAUUAUUACUUCUCGUUUACCAUUAUGUGUAGGGGUGGUUUUGAACUUGA